UGGUACACAUAGGAUCUCACUAUAUGAUAAUUUCACCAUGCAUAUAAUGCGCCUUGAAUUUUGUUCAUUUGGCUCCAAAUAAUUGGGAGACCAAGUCUUUCCUUAGUCGUUAUUACUCUUUGUUUGGGUGAAUUUUUUAAAAUUUGACUUAUAAACCCCUUUCAUUCACAAUUGUAAUUUUUAUUUUAAAAGUCUAUGUCUUUCUCCCAUCUCUCUUUCCCUAUUGUUUUUAUACCUUUCAUUCAAUCUAUAUAGAUUUUUUGUUAGUUUGGUUUGGGUGGUGCGAGGGAGGAGGAGAUAGAAAUGGAUGCCCUAGAGGAGGUGGUCGUCGGAGGUCCAAAUGAUCUCUCCCUCCCCAUUGCCAACAAGGGCAAAAGAACCAAACGCUCCAAGCCCCAUUCUCCUAUCAUCUCUUUCACCAUGGUAACUCCAUCACCCCAUUCCUCCGCCGCCGGAGACGAUGACAACACCGCCUCCGGUGCUUCUGCCUCCGGAGGUGGCUUUGCAUUAAUCCUCCACGACACGCCGCCCACCGCUGAGGACGAAGAUAUGGCUCGUUGCCUCAUGCUCUUGUCCCGCGGUGGGACUCCUUCAUACAAGGAGGACGACAUUGGCGCUUAUAACAACAACAACAACAACAACAAUUAUGUUGGUAGCAAGUUCUGCAGCAAAAAGUACGUAGAGACGAGCACCGUGGGCGGGGGCGCGAAAGUCGGGAUGUACGUCUACGAAUGCAAGACUUGCGGGCGCACGUUCCCGACGUUUCAAGCGUUGGGGGGGCAUCGCACGAGCCACACGAAGGAGAAGCCCGUGUUGGCGAUCGAGGCUGCAAAGAGGCCGGCGGCUUUGGCAUUCUACGACGGCGGGGACGAGGACUACGACCCGUCCCCGCCCAACAAGACUGCCAGAGCCUCUUUCUCCCCCCUCCAUCUCAACGAUUCCGCCAAAUCCUCUCCGAGGAUUCACGAGUGCUCCUAUUGCGGCGCGGAAUUCACCUCCGGUCAGGCGCUCGGCGGCCACAUGCGGCGCCACCGCGGUGCCGCCACCGUCGCCACGGUCGCCUCUUGCAGCUUUGAGAAAAGGGUGUUUCAAAAGGAUAAUCAUGGAGACUCUUUGAAUUUAGAUCUCAACCUUGCACCUGCCGGAGGAAUCCUAUUUUGUUCUCAUCCUUAAAAAUCUUUCAAUUUUUUCUAUGUUAAAUGAUGUUUGAAGUAUUUUGAAUAAACUAUUUUUUUUGAAUAUGAAAAAAAAAUUGAAUAAAACGUUACACAUUUUUUAAUUGACUCAAUAAAGAAUUUCUAAACUGAUCGAAAAUCAUUUUUCAACUUACUCAUUUUUAUGUGAAAAAUAUUUCAAGAGUACUGUAGAAAAAUAUUUCCAUCACUUUUGGAAAUAUUUUCUAAGACUCGGAUAAAAAUAAAAAGUCUUAAAAAUCUCUUUUUUUUGAAGGCACUUAAAAAUCUCUAUUUCAAUUGAUCUUCAAUAAAGCUUUGGCCCAAAU